AUGUACAGCCGUUUACUUCCUGAUAGUCCGGCACUUUAUCAAGCUUUUUGUGGGAAUUAUCUGUGUAAAGAAUCACGGGAAAAUAAACGGUAUCGGUCACCAGGAUCACGCAAGCUGGCCGAUAUCAUCGGUGUAGACACGGGUGGACCAGGAAGUCGACGGCUUGGCGAAUGUGGUCAUACGCCUGAAGAGUAUACGAAGUUCAAGGAUCUUGUGGAACGAAUGUUGACGUUUGAUCCACGGGAACGUAUCGGGCCGUACGCUGCAGUUAGACAUCCCUUUUUUUUGCGUAGAACUGAUGAGUGUGUAAGUAUGGGUUCUGCUAUUGCUUCGCACUCCAGAACCUUGCAGCAACCAGUUACAAUAUCCAGUAAUGUUCAGGUCAAUACAUCACGUACAGUUGCACAGCCUCAUUUUAUUGAGGAGCACUCGCUCAAUCAGAUGGAUUGCGCUGACUCUAAUGCAGUCAUAGCUCACCCGCAACAUAUACAGUUACCGCAGCUUAACCAGGUUGUUGGUCAGCCAAAUAAUUACCAACAACAAACAGGAUCAGCAAAUCAAAAUUUAUUUCAAAUUGCUCAACCUCUCGGUUUGUUACCUCAACAAAUGCAACAGGGACCGAAUCAAAAUCAACAACAGCAUCAGUCAAGCAUUUCGAAUAUGUCUAGCACGCAGCAUCAAUUGCAAGCUCCUCCGCAUUUCGUAUCUAGCUUGCAGAACUCAAUUUGGACAUCUCCUGAACAGGGUGACGAUACUCGUUAUGGGCAUCAUUCUCAACCUUCGUCAAAUCUUCAGCCGUCUCAAAGGAAUUCACUUUUGCCACAAAGUCGCAAUCUGAGUUUUGAUGGAACAGUAGGUAAUGGUCAGGUACCACAUCAGAGUCGUAUGCAUUCCGCAUCAAACAGUGCUAGAGCAAAUCCAACAUCAGUUCUGUUUCCGAAUAACUUUACACCGCAAGCCCAACAGCACCAACAAACAACAGCCCAAACUGGUUUAGCAUCAAAUUCAACAAGCACUGAUUUCUCAUAA